AUGUGCAAAGCGAUUUUGAGUCUUCUAAGGGCAGAUAAACCACUAUAUGUCGGAGUCGGACGGGACGUUUUUGAAUUUUGCCUUGCCUACUAUGUACCACCAUGGAAUGUCUGUCCAUUUCUUCAAUCGGAUCGACGAUGCGCGGUGUUGUUGCUGAAGUUUGCACAAAGCAGUCCUGUCCUACAAUGCCUGGAGGUUCAAGUUGGUUUCAAAUCCUCAUAUCAUCAUAUUCAUAGGACGGAGAAACCCCUCAACACAUCGUCGCUAUAGAAGAAGCUUACACCUUGCGAUGCAUCAGUAAAAAAUUUACGU